AAAUCACAAACCUGAAAGUUAUUAAAAAUAUGUAUAACUCCCAACUUCAAGCUAAGGAAGUCGAUGUUUUGAAAAUCCCCUUGUGGUCAGAGAGCAGCCUCACCCAGCAGCCUGGCCGAAUCCGGAUAGCUGCAGCUGAACCGGGAAGUGCAGCUGUGCAUGAGCUCGGACUUCCCUGUGCAGCUGGCCAGUGAUGUCCGCACUUGCCUGGAGUCAUGACGCAGCUCUACUCCGCUGCUGCAGCCCCGCUGGUGUGCACCCUUGCCGUGCUGUUCAAAAUGUCGCUGUCAGUGGACCAUGUACCGAUGCUGCUUUGGUCAACUCAGAGAUCACAGUGGAAUCUAGACACUGCUUUGCAUGAAGGACACGUUGUCUCAGAACAGGAGCUGACCGUACUCUUGCAACCUGUUUUUACCCAGAAUUUCAGAAACCUCAUCUUGUUCCUGCACGAUACGCUUAGCAUAGGUGAUUUCACAUACCUCAGUGAAUUCUACGGUAACAAGAAUCCAUUUCAAAAUGUGCAGGAAAUUCUUCAGUCUUCUCCUUCAUCUUUAGUUUUGCCAGCUGUUGACUGCAAGGCUACCAAGUAUCUUCUGAGCUUUCUUCUGGAGUCGGGAUAUUGGAAGUUAACAAACGUAACUAAUCUUGAUGUCUCUCAGCUGGAAGUGAAUACAUCUGAACCAAACUUACUGGUGGUUCAGCUACAACCACUUGUCAGUGGUUUAAAUGAGAUUUCCACCCUGGAAGCAGUUGCUGAAAAUGAAAAAAUAAUUGGAAGACUGACCAUGGAUCUGCAGGAACGAGGGAUUCAUUUUUCAGUAAUUUAUACUGCAGUGAGACCUUCAAGGAUUUCUAGAAGAACUGAUGUGGUGGGGGAAUUAAGACGACAAUUAAUGGCCACUGAGGAAGACGACAGUUUAUCAUAUCCUCCUCUGAAUGUGACCACUGGAAAUGAUAUAUGCAUCCUUUUUUACGCUAGUAAUUUCAGCCUCAAAGCCAACAGUUCCGUUCUUAUAGAUCUGACAAAUGCAACAUUUGUAAUUCAGAAUGUGGAUAUUUCUUCCUCUGAGUGCUCAGACAUCAACACAACACUGUCAUUAAAAUACACAAAGCCAGUGAAUGGAAUCAGCAGCCUAGAGAUAAGGUUUUUAAUGACCAACAAGUUCUAUGGAGGCUCAGCUAGAAAUUGGUCCACUUUAGAUUCAGUUGAGAUUGUACAAGAUGGAGAAAAGUUUGCUAAAUUUAACGUUUCUGUCAUCUCUGCUCCUGCAGAGUAUUCAUUUCAUUGUCAGCUGGUGGGAACAAGCAAUCUCUAUCCUGCAAGGCUGAUUCCAUCCAACAAUGAGGCAAAAAACUGGGAUGUUUUCAUUUCCAGGUUGCAAAUUCAAGGCUUCAACAUUGAAAACAACCAGUUUUCUUAUGCAAGUGACUGUACAGGUUUCUUCACUCCUGGAAUCUGGAUGGGCUUGGUGACGUCUAUAAUUUUACUGUGGAUCCUGGCCUAUGGAAUCCAUAUGAUCAUGCAGCUCACAACAAACAGCAGAUUUGAUGAUCCCAAAGGUGCAGCUCUGUCAGUUCCUCAGACAGAAUAGCCAUGGAUUGACUUAAUGUUGCUAUGGCUUUUCCUGGUCUGAUAUUUAUGAUUUUUAGAACCUUUCUACUUCAUAUGUGUAACCUAAAAAGAUAUCAUAGCAGAAAGAGAUAAUUAAACUACAUAUAAAAAGGAUAGUUAUGCUUGGCAACAAUAAUAAUUCUACUUGUUAUUACCGUCAUUUGCUAACAGCCAUCUGUGUUAAGGGUCUGAGGUGAGGCUGUAGAGGUUAUUACUGUAUCUGGCUGUUAGAAAGACCAUUACAAACUGCCAUCAGAUCAACUGUUAUUGGCAAAGAAAGGAUAUCACAACAGAGAUAAACGGGAAGGAUAAAUAACUUAUUUGAUAGGAAACUAUAUAUUGAAACCACUGGUCUCCAUAAAGGCUCUUUAGUAAGUAUGUCAUGUUGAUGCUACACCUUAAGAAGGCUGAACUGUGUCUUGCCAUUUUUUCUCCUGAGAAAACCAUCCAAAAAUGUACGGAACCAAUAAAGUAUAAGUCACUAAAUAAAUGGUCUUGAAAACUUUUUUCAAAAUACAUCACUUUGUUCAGAUAUGGUAUCACAAAUGAGAAUAGGUGAAUUAAGGUUUAGCUUCCUUCUAAUGUUAUCUUAUGCCUGUGAGAAUGAUGUUGAGUAAUGCUAACUCGUGUUUGUUUUAGCCAUGGACAGCUGAUGAAGUUACUAAGUGAGAUAGGUCCUUGCCUAAACAGAUCACAAAAUUAUAUUUGGUGUCAUGGCAAUGAAUGCAACUUUUCAAGCCCAUAACCUAGUAUGAUUCAAUGUGCCAGUGCAGAUAGCAUCUUAACAGAGAUAACAUAAUUUUCUUAGCAUCCUUCCUUUUCUAGGUAUCUUUGGAGUAGUUAUGAAGUUUGUACAAAAAAAGGAAAAAUAAAAUAUAUAAAGUCAUUAGAAGCACUGUGCUAAUGUACUGUUUAAGUUUGAGCAUGUUUAUGGUCAUCUCAAUGAUUCCAGAAGCCUGAAAACAUUCAGAGUGUGCUGAAUUCUUCUGCAAUUAAUAGACACUACAUCUUCUCAUUGGGCA